AUGCCUCCGCGACGGGCGCACACUAAAUCUCGUAACGGCUGUGAUCAAUGCAAGCGACGUCGAGUCAAGUGCGAUGAAAAAGGUCCGCCUUGCUCAAAUUGUAUCUCUCGUGAGCUCAAUUGUACGUAUCUCAAAGCUCCGCCGCGCGAUGGGUCGAGUGCCCGCAAGCGCAGUUCGGCGUCUGCGUCGACGCGGGAGCUGGAUGUUGCCCGACCGUUGGCGCCCAUCAGUCCGGCGUCCACGCCAUCCAGCAUCUCCGGUGUGCGCGAUCUCGAGUUGAUGCACAAAUUCGCCACGGAGACUUUCAGCACCGUCUGCACCGCCGAGUCCAAAUAUCAUGUCUGGCAAAUUGUCAUUCCGCGCCUGGCUCUGCAGUAUGAUUUUCUCAUGAACGGUAUCCUCGCAUUGGCCGCCCUGCAUAUUGCUACCACGACCAAGUCGCCCACCUCGCUGGCCUACGUGGACACGGCCCUGCAAUACCACAAUUUAUCGUUUGCGCCCUUUCGAGCCGCAAUUGACAAUCUCACCCAAGACAACUGCGAAGCUGUACUCGCGCAGUCGAUCGUAACGACGGUCAUUGGCAUUGCCUUGCCGCGCCUCACCGCUCCACGCGACGAGAGCUUAAAUAUGGCCGAGAACAUACUGGUGGUCUUCCAGCUUCUCCAAGGGGUGAAGAAGAUCAUUCUCAUCGGCCGGUCGUGGAUUAAGAUCAAUCUGUAUUCUCGCCAUCGGGAGCUCUACGAAGCGCCCCCUACUGAGUUGGAUGGCGAUGUGGCGGCGGCCCUCGACCGACUUGCCCGAUUGAACGAAGAAACCCGGGCCGAGGUGGACGCUCAACAAUUUCAAACUAACAAAGAGGUAAUCGAAAAUCUUCGGCAGUGCUUCACCUUUUAUUUGAGUUCCCAAGAUCCCGGGGAAGUCUUGUCGUGGCUUGCGGCCGUAGAUAAGGAGUUUGCGGAUACCGUGAGGCGUCGACAACCUUUGGCCUUGCUGAUUCUCAUGCACUGGGGCGUCUUGUUGGGGGAGCUCCAUGGGCGAUGGUGGUGGGCCCAAGACUCUGGCAAGUCCUUGGUGGCUGAGUUGUCUCAGUCUCUCAGCAACACCGAUCCCCGGUGGUCCGAGUGCUUGGCCUGGCCGCAACGCAGACUGGGCCUCUAA